AUGGUCCCAGAUUCGCACAGUGUCUACCCUAGAAGGCAAUCCUCAUAUCGUAAGUUCGGCAACCAGAGCGUCUGCCAUAUCUCGAGCUCACAAGCACAGUAUGUUUUCUCGAAUAAACCCCAGAGCGGAAGUCAUACCUUGUCGCUCUUGUCUUCGGAGCCUGUCAACCCCAAAACAGCCAUUGGUGUCACAUCCAAGCUACCUCCUUCGACGGACUCUUUCAGGGAGAAUCCGAACUUCCUGGAGAUCCUACAAGAGGUCAUUUCUGAGUACGGCCACAAAGAUCCGGACGCUAUCUCUCAAGCUCAGGUUAUGGUUUCCACAUCUGGGGCUAAUAUAAGCUCGGGAGGUGUCCUAAUGGCAGGACAGAGUAGCCGAAGACGGCGAGAAAGCAAGGACUCUAGUGGAGGAGCCAGUGGCCAGGGUGGUGUCGGCUCUGCUGGUAGAGGCGGCUGGAUACACGUUUCCGACAGCAGGAGACCCCCAGAGUAUGGUCGUAUUGCAUGGCCCGAGGAUAUCUUCGGCAGUCUAGAAGUUGACGCGAACGGGAAAUUUGUCGGAGACAAUGGGAAUUAUCAGCCAAGCGGCACCUACAGAAUCGUCACUAGGGACGGAAUACUCGGACUGAGUCCUUUCUUAAGAGAGAAGCUGGUUCAAAGACUACGUGAGCUACAAUAG